UGUCCGUGCUGUGGAGGCUCACAAAGGCCAGACUUGGUGCCUUUCAUCUGACAGCUCAAGGGACUUGGCAGAACUUGUGCUACACAGGCCAGACAUUUGCAAACGAUGGUUGCCCUCCGGAAGAAACUGCUGGCUGUUGGGGAUGGGUCCUGUGGCAAGACCUGCUUGCUCGUCGUCUUCAGCAGGGACCAGUUCCUGGAGAUGUCCGCACCCACCGUGUUUGAAAAGUACGUGGCAGAUAUUGAAGUGGAUGGAAUGCACGUCGAGCUGGAUUUGUGGGACACCUGUGGGCCGCCGGUUUACGACAGCUGGAGGCCCUUUUCCUACCUCGACACAGAUGUGAUCCUCAUGUGCUUCUCCAUUGACAACCCCGACAGUUUGGAUAACAUCCCACUGAAAUGGAUGCCGGAAGUCAGGCAUUUCUGUCCGGACGUGCCCAUCAUCCUGGUCGGGAACAAGAAGGAUCUUUGGGAUGACGGCAGCACAAGGCUGGUGCUCAGCAAGAUGAAGCAGGCGCCAGUCAAGCCGGAAGAAGGCAGAGCUAUGGCAAAGAAGAUCCAUGCUUUUGAGUUCGUGGAGUGUUCAGCGAAGACCAGAGAUGGGGUGAGGGAGGUGUUUGAAAUAGCCACAAGAGCUGCUCUGCGGGCCAGGCGUGGGAAGAAGAGAUCUGGGUGCCUUGUCUUGUGAAACGCUUGCUGCCAGCACAAGCCACGUGCUGUUCAUGUCCAAGGGCUGUUUAUUGAUCUGACUGGCCUUUGCACUCCACUGUCAUUUGACAUGGCAUAUCAGAAGUCAUGUUGCGAGCACUAUUAAGCAGCCAGCAAUGAUCAUGAAUGGUGUCUACCCUACCUGCCAAGGUCCCUCUGACACUGCUCUACCUACCUGGCAUUGAGUCAGCGAGUGCAACUGCUUUAUAACUAACUUGACCUUCCUGUCAGCUGCAAGGUUCUGGGGUCAGACACCUGUUCAGGCCUUUACCACAGCAGAUGGCAUUGGCAUAGCUUUGUGGUGGGCAUCCUGGUAUUUGGAGAUAUACCUGUCCAGAAGGCACAAAGUCCUACACCCACGGCCAAGUUACAGUUUCUGUGGUUUCAUGCUAGUUACCUGAUAGUUAUUGUGAAAUUAGUGCCAUUUAAGGUAUGCCAUCAAAAAUAAAUGUAUCUCUUCCA